CCAGGAGGUCUAUUUCAGUGGCUAUACUCCUUUAAAGGACCGAGAUUGGGACAUCGCCCUAUCUGAGUCUUACUCGACCAAGAAUUGCGGUCGUUGGACACAAAAUACCGAUGCUCGAACUAAUCCAGGCAAUUCUGAAACAGGCGGUACCUUGGUUCUGCAUGAAGCCUGGACUGUGUAUUGGAAUAAAUCCGACACUUCAACGUUGACGCCGCAGCUGCUGACCUUGACCAACAAUAUGAAUGUCCCGACUUGGACUCCUGUAGAUGAGAUUCCCGAUGGCAAUUGGGAUAGGACACCCCCCAGACGAUGGACCAGCCUCAAAGGGCGGAGGGAAGUUCCUGGUAAUCGGUUUGCCUAUGAUUGGGGUAUUUGUUCUUGUCGUCGUCGUUAUCUGUUAUGUACGGUGCUUCAGGCGCCGGAACAGGAGGCCAGUAAAUGGAGUGCGCCGGAAUUGAACUUGACAAUGCCAGGCAAUUCGAGCCUGAACUUUGAUACCUCAACUCUAAUGCUUAUAUCUUUAUGAUAAUGCUUAGUGGCAUUUAUAUGUUCUUCCCAG